GAACUCGCCACCGGGAGGCGGGAUUCGCCCUCUAUAAAGCCCUCCGGCCGCCUCCCGCCGGGAUCGCGCUGCUGCUUCUUCUUCGCCGCCGCCUUGCGCCUCCCCUUGGGCUCCAUGGCCGGCCCGGGCAAGCCGUGCGCGGGCUUGUACAGCUUCCUCUUCGAGUACGACACGCCGCGGAUCGUGCUGAUCAAGAGCCGCAAAGUGGGGCUCAUGAACCGGCUGGUCCAGCUGGCCAUCCUGGCCUACGUCAUCGGGUAAGGCGGGGGCCGAGGGCCAGUGGCCCCUGCUUGCUGACCAGGGAGGGAGGAGGAGACCCGCGGACCUCUUUUCCCCACCGACGUGAUCCUCCUCCCAGAACUGGGGUAGUGGAGCAGGGGAACUCCCUUGUUGCCAGAGGAGAGUAGUCCUCUUGAAUUCCGUAGGUGUCUACUCGGAAGUAAGCCCCUCUGGAGUCCACUAGGAUUUACUUACAAAGGAGUUUAUUGCAGCGAAGUUGUGCUUCUCCAGCUGUUGGCUGCAUACGCCCCAUAUGUUGAAAGCACUUUGCCCUCCUCUGAGAUACCUGGGUGCUUUAGUUUGCCCCUCACCGAGCUGCAGUUCCCAGCACCCAUCAUGAACUAUAGUUCCCAUAAUUCUUUCCAGGCUGGGGGAAGAAUAUGCUUUACAUGUAUGCAUGGGCAUAGCCAGGAUUUAUUGGGGGCCAGGCGUUAUGUUGGCGGCGGGGGGGCAGAACCCCUGUUAGUUAAGUGUAAACUCCCCUCGGCAGUAUGCAGUUUAUUUAUUUCUGCCACAGCAGCGGCCAGAAUAGUGCAUGCUAUUAAAAGUCACUUGUAAUAAGAUGAAGAAGGUUUAAAAUUGGAUUAUAAAGAAUAUAAGGCUUUAAGGACAUGCGUGAACGCGUACUAAACAAUGGAACCAAGAGGGGGAGUGGAGGGAAGUCAAGCAAAAAUCUAUGAUGUUUUCUUUUUCUUUUUUAUGCAUUAUUUUAUGCAUUUGUUAUUUUUAUUUUGCUGUUAUUAUUUUUUGGAAAAUUAACAAAAUGUUAUCCAAAAACCCCCCACAGAAUAGUGCAUGCUAAAAAUUGGCAAGAAAAAUAAUACUAGCAAAAGAACAAUGGCUGUAUAAAUGCACAAAAUACACCGAACUCGCGAGCAUGACAGCCUAAAUAAGGAAUUGGGAUGGAAAACAAAUAAAGGACGGAUGGGAAAGUUUGGGGGAGUACUUAAAAAAAAGUUGAUACUAAAGCAAAGCUACAAGUAGGAGUAAUUCUCUGAACAACAGUAAAUACAAAGAUAGACUAGAAGGGAAAAGUAGGGUGGAUUAAUAUUUGGAUAUUCAACAAUUACAAAUGCCAUGGCAGGCUAGGCUGGGAAGUCUAUAUGGAAAGAAUAUUUGAUGGCAAAAUAUGAUAUGUAAAUUGAAAAAUUGAAAAUGCAUAAAUGAUGGGAAGUGGAGGAGACCAGUAAACACCUGCAGGUUUCCCUAACUGUGCAAGACUAAGGGGAUAAGCUAAAAAAGAUUUCCGUGAAAAUGUGUCUGGAUUUUUACUACUUGAAAUAUGGCAACCCUACUUAAACCUAAAUUCUGAGAUGGAUGUUCCCCUCCCCCCUUCUUGCAGCUGGGUCUUCGUGUGGGAAAAGGGCUACCAAGAAACAGAUUCAGUGGUGAGUUCGGUGACCACAAAAGUGAAGGGCGUCACCGUGACCAAUACUUCAGAGCUGGGGCUCCGAAUUUGGGAUGUAGCCGAUUACGUGAUUCCGCCUCAGGUAUGUACACAGGAGCUGAAUCUCAUGAGGGCUUUGCUGGGUAUGACACAUACUUCCUGUUUGUGGUCAGGAGUCUCUCUGCCUUGGAGCAAACAGGGACAGUUUUUACCUGCUAGCUCUUCAAAGGAGACCAUUAGAUCACAGGACUAAAGUUAAACAGAGCCUAAGACAUACAGCGGCCGUCUUUAUGAGGGUAAAUAAGAAGUGCCUCAUUUUGGGGUGGCCAACCAGACAAUUGUUCAGAUCCGUUCCAUCCUGGUUUCAUUCCUGUGUUUAGUACGGAACUUGUAUUGGUCUCCUGGGUAGGUAACUUAUACCAGAAGAGGGACAGAGAGAAUGCAACCUUUUUUCUUUUCUUUUCUUUUGGUAACAUCUUUAUUGAAAGUUCAAAAAGUACAUAACCAUAUGUGCACCAAACAUGGUGAGGCGCAAAGAAAAAAAGAAAAAGAGAAACAGAACCCGUGCAAAAGGGAAAACAAAGGGAGGAAGGGAAAAAACCCCAAACUUUUACAAUGUUGUUAUUGUACUUCACCAGAUCUUAACACAUUACAGUACAGUGGUACCUCUGUAUAAGUCCGCCCCGUCCAGCAUCCAUUUGCGUUUUGUCGAGCGUCCGGGGCUCCGGAACAGAUCCCUGACUCAAAACAAGGUACCACUGUAUUUGUAAGAAUGGGUUCCAAAUAUCAUUGAAUUUCUCCAUGGCAAGUCUGCGUUUAUAUGCAAGUUGUUCAUAUGUUGCGAGUUUGUAUAAGUCUUCAAUCCAAUCAUAGAAGGGAGCCACAUUUUUAUUUCUCCAAUUCAUCAGAACCAGUCUUUUUGCUGUGGUCAGGGCACGGAGAGUCCACUCGUAUUGUCCUUUUGUAAGGUUCCAUGUGCUGGGUAUAUAAUUCAAGAAGAUAUUUUGCUCUUUAAAUGUAAGGUUGUUCUGUACAGUUCUGUUGAUGGUUUCAGUUACCUUCUGCCAAAAGUCUUUCAAUAUAGGACAAUGAAAAAACAUAUGUUUUAGAGAAGCAGGGAGAAUGCAACCUUGUUGAUUCUGGACCUUUCAGAGGCUUUUGAUGUCACUGACCUUGUUAUCUUUUUGGGCCACUUAGCCAAAAUGCGAUGGAGAGACUGGAUUCUACUCACAGAAUAAAAACUGGCAGUGAUCUACCCCUUUUGGGGGGAGAGUUCAGGUCAAAGUUGUUUUGAGUAAAGGGGAAAGGGGAAAGGAGAAAAGGGAAAAGUCACUCACCAAAAGAUUGCUAGGGAAACAAUCUGCCUCACAGCAAAAACCACGUCUUCCAUUCCAGCAAAAAUGGAGGAUGGAGAGAGAGGCCGGGGCCAAUGCUCUUAUGCCACCGCAAAGGAAAAGGAGCCCACGGUCAACAGCGAUUGACCGGAACCUCCCAGGGAUCGACCAGUUGAUCGCGAUCGACCUGUUGGACAUCCCUGUUCUAUGGUGAUGGCUUCAGGCCUUGUUUAGAGGGCAUAUCUCAGAAAACAUGUCUGACCAAUGGGAGUUGUAGUUUGAGGGCGCUAUUAGUGUCCCUGGACCUGAGGCCCAGAUCUAGUCCAGCAUUCUGUUCCCGCAGUGGUCAGUCAGAUGCCUCAGGGAAGCCCAAGGCAGGACCUGAGAGAACCUCGUCUAAUCCAAGAGGACACUUUGCAAAUAGCUGCCAGGCCCUUCCUGGCACACUGUUGUGUGGAAUAAUUUCUUCUCUGUCAUAGAACUCGGUUCAAUAUGUCUUUGCAUGCUGCGGCUUCAAGGCAGAACGGGUGUAAGCUUCCUCUGUUGAUUCUCUUUUACGGCCGUUGUGAAAGAAUGAUAAGGUCAGCUCUGCUGAGUCUUUCCUCUUGGCUAAACCUCAACUUCUCCUGUUUUAUGCCUCUGCCUCUGAUCUCUGCAGCUUGCGGCUUCCUGGGAGCCACACUUCCUCCUAGUUGUUCGCACUGUGACUGAGUCAUCUCCCUAAACAAUCGUAUUUGAUUUGCUGUUUUAAGCAUGUAUGAAAGCAUUUAUACUUGGAUCAAUAUGAGUUUGGUAUAGAAAUAAAAAUCUAAUAAUAAUAACAACAACAACAACAACAAACAUUAUACCCCUCUUCGGCCACAUUCACACCAUACAUACAUUUGAAGUGCUAUAAUAACACUUUUUUAAAAUUGAAUUUUAUUAACAUAUACAUAUUACAUAUGCAAAAGAAAAAGAAAGAAAAAAAGAGAUCACAGUUUUACAAAUUUUAACAUAACCUGCAAUUAUUCUGACGUAUACAUAAAGAAAAAACUUUUAAAAAGAAAGAACAACAGUUCCAUAUACACAUCUUUGUAAGGAAUACAAGCUGUCCUUAUUCCUGUUAGUAGCCUCCUUCUCUUCUAUUUUUACAAUAUCUCCUUUUCUGACUUCAUGCUUGAUUCCCUCAUUUAUAUCUUAACUUCCAUCUACCCCUAUGCGGUUCUUAAUAACUCGUAUUUCUGGUUGUCUGUAUUCCAUUAGUAAGACUGUGGAGAAACGAUCUAAUUUCCUGUGGAAUUUUUAUCUACGCUAAGCCAAGCAAAAUCCUGGAAACCACCUUUUUUCAUAUAAUUUAUAAAAACAUCCCAUUCUCUCCUAAUUCUCUCAUUUUGAAUGAUUUUGUAUUAUUUCUGUGGGUUUAGCCAGUUCCAGAUCCUCACUUAGUUUUAAGAGCCAUUCUUCUUUUGUUGGCAAUGUGUUACGGUACUUUUCCAAUAGCAAACCUGCAAUGACUUGGGACCCAAGUACCUUCUUCAGUACUUCCCUAUCCAUGCAUGUACAGUGGCACCUCUACUCACCACCAUAAUCCGUUCUGGCGGCCUGUCCUUUAGGCAAAACGGGUCGCUGGGCGAAGCGCCGUUGUGUGCAUGUGCAGACAGCGGCAGCUGCUUCUCUGUGUGCACGAAUCGCAACAAACCCGGUAUUUACUUCCGGGUUUGCCGUGGUCGCGACUUGGAUCGGGCCCAAGUAGAGGCGGUCAUAAGUAGAGGUUCUGCUGUACAGUCGUACCUCUGGUUGCGAACUUAAUUCGUUCCAGAGGUCCGUUCUUAACCCGAAACAGUUCUUAACCUGAGGCGCACUUUCGCUAAUGGCGUGACUUCCGCUCGCAUCCUGGGGCAAAGUUUGCUACCAGGAGCAUCUACUUCCGGGUUAGCGGAGCUCAUUAUCCGAAGCGUUUGUAAGGAGGAUGGUACACAACCCAAGGUUCCACUGCACUGUAUUAAGGUGUGCAGAUGAAGGCACAAGACAAGGCAUUCUCAGUUAAUUUAGGGAAUUCCAAAGCAUAAUUGGUUAUCCCCACAUUGACCUAAUUGAGACACAAGGUGUAAACCUCUUUGUUUAUCCAGGCUUUUCAAAUGCUCUCAACCUUCUUGCUGACACUGUUACCUUGUAUAUGUUUUGAUGAUGUAUAUUUGAUAACUGUAUUGUCAGCCAAUGGGCAGGAUUGUCCCAUUGGGAGGGAUGUAAGUACAAACUUGCACUUGAACAAGGGAUCAGUAAACAAAAGUUUGGCUUGUGGGUUCCACUGCCUCACCUUCUGUCUCCAGAUUGUCACCCCAGCUCAGUCUGACCAGCUCCAAAUCUUGACCCGUUGAUAAUCUCAUGUUGUUGGUGCAAUAAGCUCUGACACUCUAUGGGAUGUCCAGUUAUUUCACCUAGUAGCAAGUUGUUCUUCCUGACCUCAACUCCUGGGCAAAAAGUUUUCUUGCUUCCACUCAAAAUUCGCCUUUCAACUUCUAAUGGAAACUGUGCUGAUGGUCAAUGAUCUACUGCUCUUUCAUUCUGAGCUGCUAAGAUGCCCAUGAUCACAUUUUAGCUUCUGAGCCAUUGGUUUGUGGGAGGUGGGCAGUAACCACCUUUUCCUGUAGCCCACAGAGGGACAUUUCAAUCAAAGUUUCCCCUUCUACUAAAAUGAGCUAGGCCUUGAUCCUGUCUGGCUUCUCCUUGGGAAACACCACCGAUCCAGAUCGCUGUGUGAAGCUGAACUCGUUCUUUUUUCUUUAGGGCGAGAACUCCAUAUUCGUCAUGACAAACAUGAUCAUCACUCAGAAUCAAACUCAAGGACUCUGUGCAGAGGUAGGCUCCCACUAACAUCAAGCUUUCAAAGCUCAGAAUUCAUUCGUCUUUUGUCUGAAACCAUAAAGAAAAUGCUGUGCAAUUUCGGGAGCUGAGUUGAGGAGUUGGCCAUUCAGUUUACACCCCAGGGCCAAAGUAGUGACGCCAUCUUUGGGGAAUUAGGAUUUUAAUAGCUGCUGGUGUUUCGGGGUGGAGCCAGCCUGUUGAUAAAAGUAGGAGCAGCUACCAUGAACAAACACUGCCGGGUCCUCAGUUGGCUAUGCUGGCUCCAAAGCAGAACCAGGGAGAGAAGCAGAGGGGGAGGGAAAGAGGGUUGAAAUCCUUAGGAAAUAAAUUACGUAAAUUUGUAGCCUUUAGAAACCAGAGAAAGAGUUGGUUUUUUGACCUGGGCCUUAGGGGGUUUAAUGCCCAGGGACCCAGCAGUAAAGGUAAAGGGACCCCCGACCAUUAGGUCCAGUCGUGCCCGACUCUGGGGCUGCGGCGCUCAUCUCGCUUUACUGGCCGAGGGAGCCGGCGUACAGCUUUCGGGUCAUGUGGCCAGCAUGACUAAUCCGCUUCUGGCGAACCAGAGCAGCGCACGGAAACGCCGUUCACCUUCCCGCCAGAGCGAUACCUAUUUAUCUACUUGCACUUUUUAGUGUGCUUUCAAACUGCUAGAUUGGCAGGAGCAGGGACAGAGUGACGGGAGCUCACCCUGUCGCAGGGAUUCAAACCACCGACCUUCUGAUCGGCAAGUCCUAGGCUCUGUGGUUUAACCCACAGCGCCACCUGCGUCCCUUGUGAAGGUGGUUUUUAAUUGUACAGUGGUACCUCGGGUUACGUACUUAAUUCGUUCUGGAGGUCCGUUCUUAACCUGAAACUGUUCUUAACCUGAAGCACCACUUUGGCUAAUGGGGCCUUCCGCUGCCGCGCGAUUUCUGUUCUCAUCCUGAGGUAAAGUUCAUAUAUAUAUAUAUAUAUAUAUAUAUAUAUAUAUAUAUAUAUAUAAAACAAUUUCAACAUAACAAUUUAUCAGUCCAAAUAUUCAAUUACAUUAUUUCCCCCCAAUCCCUCCCUCUCCCCCCCCCAGGACUUCCCUCAGCUCCCCUCUCUGUUUCCCCCCCACAUAUUGUUCUCUGCAUAUUAUAAAAUUGUACAUAUCCUUGCCUUGUCUAUCAUAUAUUCAACUAAUAAAUUUGUGGCUGUUUGUUCGAAACCUGCUAAGGAGUCCAAGUCAUUUUGUUGUCUUUUUAAGUAGUUUGUAAAAAGUUUCCAUUCUUCCUUGAAGUCAUGAUUGUCCUUGUCAUGCAGUUUAUAUGUCAACUUGGCCAAUUCCGCAUAGCUCAUCAAUUUUUCUUGCCACUGUUCUUUCGUUGGGAUUUCCUCGUUCUUCCAUUCUUGUGCUAACAAGACUCUUGCCACUGUUGCAGCAUACAUAAAUAGGUUUCUUAUUUUUCUUGGCAGGUCUUGUCCUACAAUCCCUAACAAAAAUGCUCGUGGUUUUUUUGCAAAUGUCAUUUUUAAAAAAGAGAGAACAAUCUGUAAAUUUCAGAUUUACUUUCCACAAUUUUCCCCAGUCCUCAAAUUGUAUGUUAUGUCCUAUAUCUUGUGCCCAUUUAAUCAUGACUGAUUUGACCUCCUCAUCUUUUGUUUCCCAUUCUAGCAGAAUACUAUAUGCUUUCUUCAGCAGCUUCCCUUCUUCUUCUAUAACUUCCUUUUGAAAUCUGGAAGUUGUAUAACUAAACCCUUUCUUAUUAUCUUCCUCAACAUCUCAUAAAGUUGUCUAUAGUGUAGCCAACUCUGAAAAUGGUCUUUGAUUUCCUCAAACUCUUUUAAUUUCCAUUUCCCUUCUUGAUCCCUCAGUAGAUCUCUAUAUGUAGGCCACUUCCCCUUUUUGCCAAGCGGUUUGAAUAAUGAAGCUUCAAUUGGUGAUAGCCACCAAGGUGUUUUUUGCUCUAUUAGAUCUUUGUACCUUUCCCAUGCCCUGAGGUAAAGUUCUUAACCUGAAGUACUACUUCUGGGUUAGCGGAGUCUGUAACCUGAAGUGCUUGUAACCCGAGGUACCACAGUAUGACACCCCCAAUCAGAAAGGAAGAGGACCUACAUAACUCCCCCGGUCUUUUUUCCUCUGCAUACUAUUGUUUUAAAUUGUGGUGUUUGCCAACUUAGUUGGAUCAAAGUCUUUUUAGCACAUAUCCCAAUUUAUGUAGAUUGCCCAAUUUGCCUCUGUGCGGAAUUCUGACUCUCUCUUUCUCUCGUUGUUUCCUUCCUUCCUUUCAUUGAUUGAAGAGCCCUACUUGUUAGCUCCUGCUUAUUUGAUUUAUUUCAAUGAAUCCCAGCAUAGUGGAUUAACUAGUUCAGAAAGAGCUUUUUUGUUUUGAUGUGCCCCCAUGCAAACCCUUUCAUAAGCGCUAGUUUUGGAGGCCACGGGGUGGAGGGAGAGGGCAUGGCAAGCGCUGCCCUUCUGUUUAUCUGCACCAUCGUCUUCCUCUCCAGUUUCCAGAUAAAACCACACGGUGCCAUUCUAGCGAAAACUGCACGGAAGGAUACGUUGGGACACACAGCAAUGGUAGGAGCUGGUGUGGUCUUCUUUGUGCCUGCUAAUCAUUUUGCUCACUUUUUUUUAAUAAAAUCUUGACCUUGAGAUCUGCAAACAUAUAGAUAAGGCAGCAUUUCUAGGCGGGAACUGUAUGUUGCAGAUUUCAAGGACAUUGUGCAAUGGUGUGAUUGACUUCAUCUGUAGAUACUUGUUAUGGGUUUUGGAGGGGAGGAAUGCUGAUUACUCGGUUGGGUGCUGCUGCCCCCUAAUUCUCCACACUCCCCUAAUGGCAAGCCAUUUUCUCUCAGCCUCAAACACCAUCACCGCCCUCUGCAAGAAGAGGGUAGUUCUGGCCUACCUUUCAUAGGAAGAUGUUAGGUCUGAAGCCUGACUUACACAUGUGGCAGCAGAAAAACUCAGAAUCAUAGAAUCAUCGAGUUGGAAGGAACCCAAGGGUCAUCUAGUCCAACCCCCUAGAAUGCAGGAAUCGCAUUUAAAGCAUCCGUGACAGGAGGCCAUCCAACCUCUGCAUAAAAACCUCCAAAGAAGGAGAGUCCUGAGGCAGCAUAGUUCUUGCUAGCAUAACAGUUUGAUGAGGACGCUCUUGGUAUCCCUUCAGGUGUCCAGACUGGGAAGUGUGUUACAUACAGAGAAACCGAGAAAACCUGUGAGGUCUUUGCCUGGUGUCCAGUGGAGGAUGAUGAACAUGUUCCCAAGUGAGUGUCUUAACUCUGACAAGUUGCUUUUUAAAAAACCCAAACAUGGCUAGAUGCUGAGAUACUUCCACCAGGUAGCUACGCUCAGACGUCUUUUGGAGCUCAGUGGUGUUGAUGGCCUUUGCUUUCCCAGGCCUUCAGGGAAGCAGCGUUUAUUGGUUGGCACUGCUGUGGCCUGGUCCCAAAGGCCAUUGGUUCCUUCCCCCAUAGCCGUGGGUGGCAUGCUCAGCAUUCCCCCCUCUGGCCACACUGGCAUGGGCAGAAAGGCCUGUUUGAAUUGGCCAUUCAGGGGACACUGGGGGCGGGCAGGCUUGCAGCGCUAUAAAUGGAAGGCUUUACCUGAGGUCACCCUCUUUGGAUAUCACCCCUGCCUGAGUGAAUUUGGGGUGUUAUGUGUGCAAAGUGUGCACUGACCUAUGGGGGGCCAGACCACCUUUUUGAAGUGAGAUUGUUGGAUUGUUGCCUUGUUGCUAGCCAUGAUUGUCAGGCAUAAAGUGAAAUCGCACGUUUCCACUGAGACAUUCUCUUUCUCCUCCCUGCCCCAUCCCAUCCCCUGUUCCUUUCUCAAUCCUCUCCAGACCAGCUUUCCUACAUAAUGCUGCAAACUUCACCCUCCUGGUAAAGAACAACAUCUGGUACCCCAAGUUCAACUUCACUAAGUGCGUAUACAUCCCCCCCAUCACUAACGUCUUUGGGCUGUGCUCACUGGAGCAUUAAUCACAAGUUGUUGGGUUCUUGUGCUAGCAGGAAAAGAAUCAGUAUUGUAUUAUUUGUGUCACAAUAUAAAAUCAUGGCACUGAAGAAUCCAGCAGUGCUUUGCCAAGCAUGGAGGUGGCAGGGUGGGAUGGGAGAUGCCACUGGCUCUAGGCUUCCGGGUUCCCUUGGGCAAGACCCUGGCAGUGGGAGACCCUUCCUCCCAUGAGCUGCUUUCCUCACUGCCAUUGUUUGCUGGUGCUGCAUCUACUUUUCUUAGGACUGCAGUAAGCGGCCUUAUACCAAGCCAGGCUCACUGGUCCAUCUGUCUACACUGACUAGCUAUGGCUCUCCAUGGUUUCAGGUUCAGGGGAAUCUUUUUCUAGCCCUGCCUGGAGAUGCCAGGGAUCGAACCUUGGACUUUUGGCAUGAGCCACUGCCCUUCUCCUAACACUGGCGUUGUGGAACAGCAGCAGCUUUCAGCCAGGAUCAAGUUUGCAGAAUGAAUAGUGACGGCUUAUGCUCAUUCUCUCAUUUCAAAAGCUUGCCAGAGAUAACCAUCCCCACCCCCACCUUUUCCUAGACAACAUUUUUAUGUGGAGUGGGCAAGGCAGGUGUUUCUAGUUCAGUACACAGGAAGUUGCACCCUUUGGGCGGAAGGGCAUGAUAUAAAAUUAAUAGGUAAAUCACCCAGUGAGUUCCCCAGAUGACCUUAACUCUGGAAUCUCUCCCUUCUUCCCCACCCAGGCGAAACAUCCUCCCCAACAUAAGUAAAUCAUACCUCAAGAACUGCAAAUACAAUUCCAAAACGGACCCCUUUUGCCCCAUUUUCCGCCUCCGUGAUGUGGUUGAAUCUGCUGGUCAGAAUUUCCAAGAGAUGGCUGUUGAGGUUGGUUAGAAUCUGUGGUGGGAAAAUACGACAGGAAGGGAAGAGUGAUAAUCCAAUCUGGAGCCGAGUGCAAGAGUUGCGAAUUAGAUUUUUUUUUUAAAAAAAAACUUAGAUUUACCUUCCUUUAAAGAUAGGAUAAAUUUUCUAUAUGCACAUAUUAUUAACUUGGGCUGUGAGACAUAGGUGCUCCUUCCACUGUCCCCUGGGGCUCUGGCAGGCCACGGACCCCUCCCCUGCCCAGGCCCCACUCACUAUCAGCUCCACUCCACAGGCUCUUCCGGUGCUUUCUCAUGUCUUUGCACCGUGAUAAUAGCCCGGAUGAUAAGCAAAACUGACCAUGGAGUGCAGUCUGCUGUGCAAAGGCUGUUAGCUGCGACACCAGAAUCUGGGAGCCUCCCGUGCAGGAGAACAGUUGCUUUAUGCCUCGCUUGUGGGCUGCCAAGAAGACCCUCGACCCAGCAUCUCUUCACAUGGGCCUCUCCGUGGCAGCUUCUGCUGUCAGAAGCCCCCGUGUGUUCUGUGCCUCAGGAUGGGGUUUGGGCCUCACCCCUCCUUGUGGCAGUGUGGGGUCGGCCUGCGUGAUGGGGGGGUGGGGUGAUCCGCAAUGAGAGCGGGAAGCCUGUGGGGCAGCUGCCCCUUGAGUCCACUUCUGAGCAAGCCCCACAAGGCAACAGCUGCACCCCAAGAGCCUUCGUUUCCUGUUUGAUGUUUGUUUCCAACCUCUUCCCCCUCCUCUUGAGUAUCCAGCAUAUUUGAACAAGGGCAGCUGGGUAACAGUUUGUACAAAUGGUGCUCUUUGGCAGAUGCACAUUAUAAGGAAUGCGAUUAAUGGAGCAAAUAUUUAACUUUCCUUGUUUGGGCUUGCUAUCUUCUCAAGAUCAAGGCCUCUUUCAAACAAUGAGCUUUGCUUCUGGUCACAUUUGCCAGUUGCAUUUCCAAAAGGCUCUUUUUGCUAACUCCUCAACUUGGUUCAGUCAUGCAAAGUGUAAACUUAAAAGUGUCCAGUUCAGAACUGCUCUGCACUUGCCAAGGUGGAUUUAUGCAAGCUGCGCUGUUCUUUAAGGCCUCAGUCUUCCAAUCUGUAAUAUUGGGAUAAUAGUACUGACCAAACUUACAGGGCUAUUGGAAUAAUCAUUGUGAGAACACGUUAAUGUGCUUUGAACAUUUGAAACAAGCUGUAGAAAAACCUUUACAAUUAUGUCAGUCCACAAGUACCCCUCCAUUUAGAUCUCGUCAGAGUGUUUUAAAAACGUAAAACUUUGCUGCUAGACUCAGGCCUUACAGCUGCAUACAAAACACUCAGGCAAACUGGCGGACCGAGACAAAUGACAGCAGCUUUAUUAUAUUUUGAGAAUGUGCAUUGAGAUUAUAUUGUUCAUAAACCACAUGGGAAGGAUUUGUAUCCUGAAAAGUGGGAUGUAAAUAAUUGCAAUAAAUAACCGCAUUUUAUGGUGCAAUAUGUUUGGGCAUCAAUGAGACCUAGAAACUUGUUCCUCACUCUUUUUUUUGUACCAAAAUUGACUUGGGUUAUGGUGGAUGCAGUGUACACUAGACUCUAGAAAAUUUUGUGCAUGGUCUGCUGUAAAAGACAAUUGCAUCCGUGACCAUAGGGGAAAAAAUGAAUUAUGUCACAUAUGAGGUCUGUUUGAAUUUAAAUUGAAUGCACUGUUUCUACAGGGUGGAGUGAUGGGGCUGCAGAUCAGCUGGAACUGUAAUUUGGACAAGGCUGCCUCUUAUUGUUUGCCAAAGUACACCUUCCGUCGUAUCGACAACAAGGAUUCUGACCACACCGUCUCUCCAGGAUACAAUUUCAGGUAGGGUGGUUUGGGGUAACCAGGUCUGGGAACCCACCAUGGUAUAGCCUCUACCCAAGUCAAACUCUUUUGGUGCAGGGUCUGAUGUCUGGAGCAGGUGAAGAGUGUGUUUGUUUAGGUGUGAUUAUCUGUUGGAAGAGUUGGCUUACGCUGUUGAUUUUUAAUUGUACUGGUUUUACUGUGAUGCCUGUGAGCACUUUCACUUGAUGCAGAGCACCAGUGGAGACCAGUUGCUCUGGACCAGUGACCCACAUGAAUGUGUGUGUGCAGCAGCUCUGGAGCAGACACACCAGGAUUUCUAACUGGGUUAUGAGAUCCCUGAAGAUUUGCAGUUGUUUGCAUCCAUCUGCCUCGAGAGACAAUGGAGUGCACCUCUAGGGGUGAAGUCAAACAACAGUGUUAGCAGCACUUACAUGACCUCCCUGGGGCACAAGCCUGGGCAGUGUGUGUGGAGGUCCUGGGCUGCCCAGAGGACAAGACCCACCUCUCCUUUUUCUUUUCCCAAACAGAUUUGCUAAAUAUUACAAGAAUGCUGGUGGCAGAGACUCCCGGACGCUCAUCAAGGCCUAUGGAAUCCGCUUUGAUAUCAUGGUGUUUGGCAAGGUAGCUACCUGCUUUUGCAAAGGGCAAAAGGAGGCCAGCUGCCUCUGAGUUUGGCGUGGCUGCGGCGACCCUCAGAUGGCACCAGGCAUGCAUGGCACCCCUCUGCUUUGUUCCCUUAAGAGGGGGGAUAGAGAACCCAAAUCUCAUUUAACAGACGGCCCCAUGUUUGGCAUUUCCAGCAAGAGUACCCAAGACCUUUGACCUGCUACCAGGCAGAAUAAUUCAGCUGUCCUCAACUUUUUGGGACCCAACUUUUAAAUACAUUCUGUGACGUGUGACCACAUUUCUAGUUGUUGGUUUAAGUAUGUCCGCCUGCCUCCUCCACUCAAUUUCUUUCUCUUUCAUAGAAACUGUGAAUUUUUGUGUGUGUCCAACGUCUUUGUCUUCCUGAGUUGUUGAAUGUUCUGUUGCACCAGUUAGCGCUGGAGGUUUCACCACCACAGACAUGAGACAAUUCAGACAGUCACGGAACGGCCAUCCUUUUCUUACAAACAAAUGCCAUAAAGCCAGCCUUUCCCAACCUGGUGCCCUUCCCAGAUAAUGUUGGACUACAACUCCCGUUGUUCCUGACCAGUGCCCAUGCUGGCUGGGGCCGGUGGGAAUUGGAGUCCAACACCACCUGUCGGUGGAAAGUUGCCUUAAAUGAAUAGGAGAGCUAUCGGAAAAAGGACUUUUGAAUAACUUGUGUAUAUCUGUGUGUGUUUUAGGCGGGAAAAUUUGAUAUCAUCCCUACGAUGAUUAACAUUGGAUCUGGCUUAGCCCUGUUUGGUGUGGUAAGCCCUUUAUUCUCCCUCACCACUGGUUUCCUUUUAAUAAGGUGUUAGAAGAAACUUCAACAUUUGAAAAUAAGUAAUAUCUCUUCUUUGCCUUUGAAUCUCAACUAGGCGACAGUCCUCUGUGAUAUCAUUGUCCUGUAUUUCAUGAAGAAAAAAUAUUAUUAUAGAGAGAAGAAAUACAAAUAUGUUGAAGACUAUGACUUGGUAAGUUUGCUUUGUGUUAGGAUUUGCUCCCAUAGCUUUCUCUCUUUGUAUCUGUUUCUUCUUCCUUCCAUCUCUCUCUCUCUCUCUCUCUCUCUCUCUCUGUCUUUCCAGAAGGAAAAGAAUAAAUAUGGAUGUGGAACAUCCAUUCUUUCUUCCCCUAAAAGAAGCUUGGAAACUAUAUUAAGGAUUGCUAACAAUUCUUGGUGCCACCAUAUAACUAGGAUUUCCUGUGUGAGACACUGUGAUAAUUUAAAAAACCAUUUAUAAUACCAAAUUCCCACCUUGGCUUCUGGCCAAAUGGCCCUGUGGCUUAAUUGGAUGUUAGUCACUUUCUUUUCCUUUAUAGCUGGGGAACCUGUUGCCCUCCAGAUGCUCCCGUCAUCCUAUUGAUCAAUGUGGCUCCUACAGAUAAAUGUCAUUUGAAUAUAUUAGGCUAGAGCUAUCUAGCUUCUCAUGGGGAAUGAAGAUUUACCAUAAAGUAGAUAGACUUGUAGUGGGUGUUCUUAAUUUAAAAAAGGGCUUGACUUCAGCUGCUUGCAUUUUAUAAGGCAUAGUAAAGAUACAGUGGUGCCUCGCAAGACGAAAUUAAUCCGUUCCGCGAGUCUCUUCGUCUUGCGUUUUGUUCGUCUUGCGAAGCACGGCUAUUAGCGGCUUAGCGGCUAUUAACGGCUUAGCGGCUAUUAGCGGCUUUAAGAAAAAGGAAACAAACUCGCAAGAACUCGCAAGACGUUUCAUCUUGCAAAGCAAGCCCAUAGGGAAAUUCGUCUUGCGGAACGACUCAAAAAACGGAAAACUCUUUCGUCUAGUGAGUUUUUCGUCUUGCGGGGCACCACUGUACAUUUUUAGGGGCUAACCAGGCUGGGAUAGUUGGGAUAGCAGGCUUGUUGGUUUUUGAAUGUCUGAUGUAGAUUUUUUCAAUUUCGUUGUUCUGUAUGGGACAAUGACAAUAAAAAUUAUUGUAUUGUAUCGUAUCGUAUUGCUAGAUUACAGCAAAUUGUUUUUAGAGACGAACAUUCGAAGAGCCUGUUGGAUCAGGCCAAAGGUCCAUCAAGUCCAGCAUGUGGUUUUCAGAGUGGCCAACUAGAUGCCUCUGGGAAGCCCAAAAUCACAAUAGCGCACCUUGAUCAGUUUGGAGCACAGUAGGGGGAAGAGUUAAAGCUAUGGUUUUCCCAGUAGUGAUGUAUGGAAGCGAGAGCUGGACCAUCAAGAAGGCUGAUCGCCGAAGAAUUGAUGCUUUUGAAUUAUGGUGCGGGAGGAGACGCUUGAGAGUUCUAUAGACUGCAAGAAGAUCAAACCUCUCCAUUCUGAAGGAAAUCAGCCCUGAGUGCUCACUGGAAGGACACAUCAUGAAGUUGAGGCUCCAAUACUUUGGCCACCUCAUGAGAAGAGAUGACUCCCUGGAAAAGACCCUGAUGUUGGGAAAGAUGGAGGGCACAAGAAGAAGGGGACGACAGAGGACGAGAUGGUGGGACAGUGUUCUCGAAGCUACAAACAUGAGCCUGACCAAACUGCGGGAGGCAGUGGAAGACAGGAGUGCCUGGCGUGCUCUGGUCCAGGGGGUCACGAAGAGUCGGACACGACUAAACAACAACAACAACAACAACAACAGGGGUUGCCUUAUUGGCAACCUUUUGCCAGCUUAUUAGAAAAGUUUGGUUGGGCUUUUUGAAAGUGUGUUGCUUUGCCUUAGCAAGUGCAGCUCCUGUAGAACCUUGUAGGGGUCAUUCCUGCAUUGCAGGGGGUUGGACUAGAUCAUAGCUGUCAACCUUCCCUUUUUUGGUGGGAAAUUCCCUUAUUCCAGCGCCGUUUCCCGCUGCUUCCCCGGAUUGUUAGAUAUCCCGUAGACUGUCCCCAGGACAGGUGAGGCUGCUGAUCCCUUAUUUUCAAAUCUGAAAGUUGACAGCUAUGGACUAGAUGACCCUUGGGAUCCCUUCCAAUUCUAAGAUUCUACAAUUCAAUGAACCUUACAGGCUAAUUUGCUUAGCAAAUUUCCCUUGGGGCAAUGUUAGCCAGAAUGUGAGCCUGAGAAUCUGUCUUGUGUAUUGUUGUUGUUUUUGCACUGACUUCCCCUUCUUCUUUCAUAGGAAGCCAAUUCAUCCUAUGGCUCCCAGGCAGAAACUCAGGAAGGCUGUCGCAUCCGAUGACCAACCCAAAGUGUUGAUGUCCAAUGAAUUUCACACAUGCACAGGCUGUGAAGGGGAACAGAAACCCACAUAAAUUAUUCUGUUCAGUCUUGCUUCCAAUAUGGAUGCCCUGAUAAAGGGAAUGUAAAGAUUGUGAUAUUCUGCAAAUAAUGAUAACCACUUUCUGUGAAAGUUCUUUUUUUGCUGGGGUGGGGGAAGAUAUUUCGGGGACCUGCAAAGCCCUGGAUAGUCUUAAGGUAAUUUUGAGGGCCUCCUAAAGUUGUGGCACUGGAAAAAGAAAGUGGCUUCUGGGUAGGAUUCCUUCCCUUUCUGUCCCCUUCUGCCCUGGUUCCUCUUCAUUUCAUCCCCCCAUCUUUGCUGGAUUUAAACAAGAUAGGUCUUCUGCUGCCUUCCUUGCACAGAUCCCAGUUCCUAUUCUUAGCGGGCGAUAGAAUCCCCAGCAUUCAAUGGGGCAAGGAAGGCGCUCUGACCUGUGAACUAGAUGGCAUACUGCCAGUCCUUUCCCUUUGCACUUUCCUUAAUUUUUGUCCUUUAGAAUUCAUUUCCAAACUGAAGGAAUGGAUAUAGGUCAAAAAGAAAUAAAUUUGUACGUCCUUGCACUUUUCCCCUGUCUAGAUUACAUGGGAGCAAAAAGAAAAGUUGAUUAAUGUGAAUGGGGGGGAUUUUAGGGGAGAGAUCUAUUUUGUGGAGAAAAUAAAGCUAUUGGAAACUUUUAUCUUCUUGUGCCUCCUUCCUCUAUGGGUAGCCUGGAAUGCAGAGCUGCAACUGAAUAUUCACACAAUCUUAAUUCUCUGCAAGGUAGAUGCUAG